AUGGCGGAUUCUAGCGAGAAAUUUCAAAUCGAUCUUUACUACGAUGUUAUUUCACCGUAUGCAUGGAUCGCAUUUGAGUCUCUUCUCCGCUACGAAAACGUAUGGCCGAUCAAAGUGAAUUUAAAGCCGUUUUCUCUCCGAAGAAUCAUGCAGUCUAGCGGCAAUAGACCGCCCGGCUUAGUGCCUGCAAAAAGUUUAUACAUGUUGAAAGAUCUUGAGCGGAACAACGCCUUUUGGAAUAUGAAGCUAAAAGCUCCGAAGAAGUUCAUGCAGUGGAUUAAAACAAAAACAAGUGAAGAUGCAAUGAAAUUGCUACUUGUGAUACAGAAGGAAAAAUCCGAGAAGCUUGAGACAGUUAGUCGAGAAUUUUGGAAGCGAAUAUGGACAAACGGUGAACCGAUUUUCGAACAGAAGGAUUUCGAGAAGGUAUUGGUGGCUAGCGGCAUCACUGACACUGCUCGCUAUAUCGACAAAAUAUCCGACGUAACCAUCGAAACAGAACUCCAGAAAAACACAUUGGAUGCCAUUGAUUCCGGUGCUUUCGGCGCUCCAUGGAUCAUUGUACACAAAGACGGAGAGGAGCACGCAUUCUUUGGAUCUGAUCGUUUGCACCUUAUCGGACAUCUUUUCAAGGAGAGAUUCCACGGUGGACUUAAGCACUUUGCGAAACUGUAA